UUUCAUCCUGUGUUCCAACAUGAUUCAUCGCAGUGUAUGAGAAAACGUUUUUCGAAAUAGAAUUAUAAUUGUUGUUUUUUUUCUUUUGAUAAAACUUUAAAAUUUUAUGUAGCUGAUUUUAAAAUAUAUUAAAUAUAUCAAAAUGGAACAAUAUAUAAUUGAUAGUGGAACAGAUUUUGUUAAGCUUAAUAUAUCUAACUCAAAAAACGAUAGAGUCGCCAUAGAAACUAAAUUUGCAAAAUCUCUUAAUGUUGCCGAACUGAAAAAAAAAUUAGAAGUCAUAACUGGAGGUAAUGCAAAUACAAUGGAAAUUGAAUUGUACAAUGGGAAUAAUUUGAUUUGUAAAAUAAAUGACAACGCAACCAUUAUAGGCUCAUUACCCAUAGUUUCUGGUAUGAGAUUGCAUGUUAUAGACUCAUUUGUGCUGAUUGAGCCUGAAGCUGUUGAAAAAUUCGAAUUAUCUGAAGACCAAUAUGAGAAAAAAACAGAUACUGUCCGUAAUUUUUUAAAACAAAAUCGUCUUGGGAAAUACAAUGAGGAUGAAUUGCGUGAAAAAGAGAAAAGGCAAAAGGAGCAAGAAAAAUUAGAGCGAGACCGCAUAGAGUCAUGUAAAAUUGGAUUGCGCUGCCAAGUUCAAGUAAAAGGUAAUCCUACGCGUAUAGGCACUAUUCGUUACAACGGAUCUAUUGAAGGAAAGAAAGGAACAUUCAUUGGUGUAGAAUAUGAUGAACCUUUGGGAAAGAAUAAUGGAUCAAUAAAUGGUAAAAGGUAUUUUCAAUGCAAAGAAAAUUACGGUGGCUUUGUGGCUCCAAUAUCGGUAGAAGUUGGUGACUUUCCUCCUGAUGAUAUCAAUUUAGAUGAUGAAAUAUGAUUUAUACAUAACUUUAUUUAUAAUUACUAAAUUUAAAUAUCUUAAGGUAUUAAAAAAAAAACUAAAAAUGACUGCACUUUUAAAUAUAAUUUAAUCUUAAUUAAUAUUUUUGUAUUUGCUUUAAUGUUUUAAUUUUAACAU